AUGGACGCGCCGCCCUCACCUGCACCGCCCCUCACCUGCACCGCCCCUCACCUGCACCGCCCCUCACCUGCACCGCCCCUCACCUGCACCGCCCCUCACCUGCACCGCCCCUCACCUGCACCGCCCCUCACCUGCACCGCCCCUCACCUGCGCCGCCCCUCACCUGCGCCGCCCCUCACCUGCACCGCCCCUCACCUGCACCGCCCCUCACCUGCACCGCCCCUCACCUGCACCGCCCCUCACCUGCACCGCCCCUCACCUGCACCGCCCCUCACCUGCACCGCCCCACCUGCACGCCCCUCACCUGCACCGCCCCUCCACCUGCACCGCCCCUCACCUUGCACCGCCCUCACUGCACCGCCCUCUACCUGCACCGCCCCUCACCUGCACCGCCCCUCACCUGCACCGCCCCUCACCUGCACCGCCCCUCACCUGCACCGCCCCUCACCUGCACCGCCCCUCACCUGCACCGCCCCUCACCUGCACCGCCCCUCACCUGCACCGCCCCUCACCUGCACCGCCCCUCACCUGCACCGCCCCUCACCUGCACCGCCCCUCACCUGCACCGCCCCUCACCUGCACCGCCCCUCACCUGCACCGCCCCUCACCUGCACCGCCCCUCACCUGCACCGCCCCUCACCUGCACCGCCCCUCACCUGCACCGCCCCUCACCUGCACCGCCCCUCACCUGCACCGCCCCUCACCUGCACCGCCCCUCACCUGCACCGCCCCUCACCUGCACCGCCCCUCACCUGCACCGCCCCUCACCUGCACCGCCCCUCACCUGCACCGCCCCUCACCUGCACCGCCCCUCACCUGCACCGCCCCUCACCUGCACCGCCCCUCACCUGCACCGCCCUCACCUGCACCGCCCCUCACCUGCACCGCCCCUCACCUGCACCGCCCCUCACCUGCACCGCCCCUCACCUGCACCGCCCCUCACCUGCACCGCCCCUCACCUGCACCGCCCCUCACCUGCACCGCCCCUCACCUGCACCGCCCCUCACCUGCACCGCCCCUCACCUGCACCGCCCCUCACCUGCACCGCCCCUCACCUGCACCGCCCCUCACCUGCACCGCCCCUCACCUGCACCGCCCCUCACCUGCACCGCCCCUCACCUGCACCGCCCCUCACGCACCGCCCCUCACUGCACCGCCCCUCACCUGCACCGCCCUCACCUGCACCGCCCCUCACCUGCACCGCCCCUCACCUGCACCGCCCCUCACCUGCACCGCCCCUCACCUGCACCGCCCCUCACCUGCACCGCCCCUCACCUGCACCGCCCCUCACCUGCACCGCCCCUCACCUGCACCGCCCCCUCACCUGCACCGCCCCUCACCUGCACCGCCCCGUCACCUGCACCGCCCCUCACCUGCACCGCCCCUCACCUGGCACCGCCCCUCACCUGCACCGCCCCUCACCUGCACCGCCCCUCACCUGCGCCGCCCCUCACCUGCGCCGCCCGCUGCGCCGCCCCUCACCUGCGCCGCCCCUCACCUGCGCCGCCCCUCACCUGCGCCGCCCCUCACCUGCACCGCCCCUCACCUGCACCGCCCCUCACCUGCACCGCCCCUCACCUGCACCGCCCCUCACCUGCACCGCCCCUCACCUGCACCGCCCCUCACCUGCACCGCCCCUCACCUGCACCGCCCCUCACCUGCACCGCCCCUCACCUGCACCGCCCCUCACCUGCACCGCCCCUCACCUGCACCGCCCCUCACCUGCACCGCCCCUCACCUGCACCGCCCCUCACCUGCACCGCCCCUCACCUGCACCGCCCCUCACCUGCACCGCCCCUCACCUGCACCGCCCCUCACCUGCACCGCCCCUCACCUGCACCGCCCCUCACCUGCACCGCCCCUCACCUGCACCGCCCCUCACCUGCACCGCCCCUCACCUGCACCGCCCCUCACCUGCACCGCCCCUCACCUGCACCGCCCCUCACCUGCACCGCCCCUCACCUGCACCGCCCCUCACCUGCCCUGCACCGCCCCUCACCUGCACCGCCCCUCACCUGCACCGCCCCUCACCUGCACCGCCCCUCACCUGCACCGCCCCUCACCUGCACCGCCCCUCACCUGCGCCGCCCCUCACCUGCACCGCCCCUCACCUGCGCCGCCCCUCACCUGCACCGCCCCUCACCUGCGCCGCCCCUCACCUGCACCGCCCCUCACCUGCGCCGCCCCUCACCUGCACCGCCCCUCACCUGCACCGCCCCUCACCUGCGCCGCCCCUCACCUGCGCCGCCCCUCACCUGCACCGCCCCUCACCUGCGCCGCCCCUCACCUGCACCGCCCCUCACCUGCACCGCCCCUCACCUGCACCGCCCCUCACCUGCGCCGCCCCUCACCUGCACCGCCCCUCACCUGCGCCGCCCCUCACCUGCACCGCCCCUCACCUGCACCGCCCCUCACCUGCGCCGCCCCUCACCUGCGCCGCCCCUCACCUGCGCCGCCCCUCACCUGCACCGCCCCUCACCUGCGCCGCCCCUCACCUGCGCCGCCCCUCACCUGCGCCGCCCCUCACCUGCGCCGCCCCUCACCUGCGCCGCCCCUCACCUGCGCCGCCCCUCACCUGCGCCGCCCCUCACCUGCGCCGCCCCUCACCUGCACCGCCCCUCACCUGCACCGCCCCUCACCUGCACCGCCCCUCACCUGCACCGCCCCUCACCUGCACCGCCCCUCACCUGCACCGCCCCUCACCUGCGCCGCCCCUCACCUGCGCCGCCCCUCACCUGCGCCGCCCCUCACCUGCGCCGCCCCUCACCUGCGCCGCCCCUCACCUGCGCCGCCCCUCACCUGCGCCGCCCCUCACCUGCGCCGCCCCUCACCUGCGCCGCCCCUCACCUGCGCCGCCCCUCACCUGCGCCGCCCCUCACCUGCACCGCCCCUCACCUGCACCGCCCCUCACCUGCGCCGCCCCUCACCUGCGCCGCCCCUCACCUGCGCCGCCCCUCACCUGCGCCGCCCCUCACCUGCGCCGCCCCUCACCUGCGCCGCCCCUCACCUGCGCCGCCCCUCACCUGCGCCGCCCCUCACCUGCGCCGCCCCUCACCUGCGCCGCCCCUCACCUGCGCCGCCCCUCACCUGCGCCGCCCCUCACCUGCGCCGCCCCUCACCUGCGCCGCCCCUCACCUGCGCCGCCCCUCACCUGCGCCGCCCCUCACCUGCGCCGCCCCUCACCUGCGCCGCCCCUCACCUGCGCCGCCCCUCACCUGCGCCGCCCCUCACCUGCGCCGCCCCUCACCUGCGCCGCCCCUCACCUGCGCCGCCCCUCACCUGCGCCGCCCCUCACCUGCGCCGCCCCUCACCUGCGCCGCCCCUCACCUGCGCCGCCCCUCACCUGCGCCGCCCCUCACCUGCGCCGCCCCUCACCUGCGCCGCCCCUCACCUGCGCCGCCCCUCACCUGCGCCGCCCCUCACCUGCGCCGCCCCUCACCUGCGCCGCCCCUCACCUGCGCCGCCCCUCACCUGCGCCGCCCCUCACCUGCGCCGCCCCUCACCUGCGCCGCCCCUCACCUGCGCCGCCCCCUCACCUGCGCCGCCCCUCACCUGCGCCGCCCCUCACCUGCGCCGCCCCUCACCUGCGCCGCCCCUCACCUGCGCCGCCCCUCACCUGCGCCGCCCCUCACCUGCGCCGCCCCUCACCUGCGCCGCCCCUCACCUGCGCCGCCCCUCACCUGCGCCGCCCCUCACCUGCGCCGCCCCUCACCUGCGCCGCCCCUCACCUGCGCCGCCCCUCACCUGCGCCGCCCCUCACCUGCGCCGCCCCUCACCUGCGCCGCCCCUCACCUGCGCCGCCCCUCACCUGCGCCGCCCCUCACCUGCGCCGCCCCUCACCUGCGCCGCCCCUCACCUGCGCCGCCCCUCACCUGCGCCGCCCCUCACCUGCGCCGCCCCUCACCUGCGCCGCCCCUCACCUGCGCCGCCCCUCACCUGCGCCGCCCCCUCACCUGCGCCGCCCCCCUCACCUGCGCCGCCCCUCACCUGCGCCGCCCCUCACCUGCGCCGCCCCUCACCUGCGCCGCCCCUCACCUGCGCCGCCCCUCACCUGCGCCGCCCCUCACCUGCGCCGCCCCUCACCUGCGGCCGCCCCUCACCUGCGCCGCCCCUCCACCUGCGCCGCCCCUCACCUGCGCCCGCCACCCCCCUCACCUGCGCCGCCCCUCACCUGCGCCGCCCCCUCACCUGCGCCGCCCCCCCCUCACCUGCGCCGCCCCUCACCUGCGCCGCCCUCACCUGCGCCGCCCCUCACCUGCGCCGCCCUCACCUGCGCCGCCCCACCUGCGGCCGCCCCUCACCUGCGCCGCCCCUCACCUGCGCCGCCCCUCACCUGCGCCGCCCCUCACCUGCGCCGCCCCUCACCUGCGCCGCCCCUCACCUGCGCCGCCCCUCACCUGCGCCGCCCCUCACCUGCGCCGCCCCUCACCUGCGCCGCCCCUCACCUGCGCCGCCCCUCACCUGCGCCGCCCCUCACCUGCGCCGCCCCUCACCUGCGCCGCCCCUCACCUGCGCCGCCCCUCACCUGCGCCGCCCCUCACCUGCGCCGCCCCUCACCUGCGCCGCCCCUCACCUGCGCCGCCCCUCACCUGCGCCGCCCCUCACCUGCGCCGCCCCCUCACCUGCGCCGCCCCUCACCUGCGCCGCCCCUCACCUGCGCCGCCCCUCACCUGCGCCGCCCCUCACCUGCGCCGCCCCCUCACCUGCGCCGCCCCUCACCUGCGCCGCCCCUCACCUGCGCCGCCCCUCACCUGCGCCGCCCCUCACCUGCGCCGCCCCUCACCUGCGCCGCCCCUCACCUGCGCCGCCCCUCACCUGCGCCGCCCCUCACCUGCGCCGCCCCUCACCUGCGCCGCCCCUCACCUGCGCCAGUAA